CGCGCCGAGAACUUCAAUUCAAAUCUCGACAAAUACAAUACCGUUAACAGCAUCGUGCGGAACUUGCGCCUACUGACAAGCCCAAACUGAAAUUUUGCGUCCAAAGGGAUAAAAAAAAGGAAAAGAAAAAAAAAAUGACGGUGUGGCCAUGGCAAUGGGCACCGCUGGUUUGGACGGAACCUGCCCCAGGUUCUCCGGCGGCCUUUCGAGAGGACGAGUUCGUCUCGCUCUGGUACGAGAUGUACGCUUUGGUGUUCAAGCUCAACUUCUGGAGACGCGAGGACGUGGUGUUUCCGUCGGCAGACACGGGGAGGCACGCGAAUCUGGAUCGUCAACGUCUCCUCGUCGAGAUGGGGAUGAGCUCCGAAGCCGUCUCCCUCGUCGAGCGGCUACCCUAUCCCCGAAACAGGAGCUACCGACGCAUGUGCAUCUACUUCGAAGCCGACGCCAUGAACUACCUGGACGAGUCCGACAUUAAGGACUGUCGCGACCCGCUCGACAUGGCUCAAUUCUCUCCCCAGGCCAGCAGCAUAAACGGCCGCAGCUACCUGCUGCCACAGGAUAUCACCCUUGCUCUUCCUGAUGAGAGCCAUGGCAUUGCUUGGAUCCUGGACCUCAAGUAUAACGCCUUCCGAUUUAUCCGCGGUUGUCCGGCGGAAGUACCCGAGAGAGGCUUAGACGGUAUCCCGGCCGAUUUCCCUGUCGAGAGGCCUGAUAACCCGGAUCACUAUAGAAACUGGCCAACGUACCACGCGCCGACCGUCCUGAGAGGGUGGGUUCAGGUCCUCCUCAGUCUCGAGAUGGUCCCAGACUCCGUCAACGGGGCCUCCUGGAGCUUUUCGUCCGACAUCAAUGGUCAGGUGAUUGGCAAAGCCCUGCGAAAGUACGGCUGGCCGGCAGCGUUUCGCGAGGAAGAUUGGGCUCGGGACUCGGAGCAGAUUUACCGCGCUGCCUACGUCGUGGAGGAGCGUUACGAGAAGUCUUUUGAUUCACAUAAGUUCGGUCGGGAUAGAGACGAGGUCCUCGCUCGGUGGCGGGAGGACCCCGACCUCAUCCCAGACGUUACGCUGGAUCCGCCGGCAUAGCAUUGGGAGGGGGUAACCAAUCAAUAUGGUUCAUAUCGAAGCCAUGAAUUCAUUCUCUUUUAUAUAUAUAUUGGUUGUCUACCUAUAGAGUUCAAACAGACGGGUUGAUACCACAGUACAACUACUGCUCUAACGUUAUACCGCCUGCCCCAGGUAAUGCAAGCCUACGGGGCCGAGGUCGCCGUUGACAAGCUCGGUUCUUGGACGCCUCCGCCGGUCACAGCAGGGAGACUUU